CGGUGGAUAUGUUUGUCAGUGUCAAACACCUGCCAACUUCAACAGCUACCGCUUACAAUGUGACCUUGAACGUGUACCUCGCAGACUACAUGACCAUGAUUAAGGAGACGCACACGGAGCCUAAAGAGAACAAAAUUACAGUGGCGCAAGAUGGCACAGUCAUCACAGCCGAGAUAGCUCGCCUGACCUUCAGCGACCCUUUUGCCUUGAAUAUUGACGUGUCCUUGAACUUGAGCCACGAGCGGGUUCUGGAGGCGGAGAACCGAGUUGUCAUGUCAGAGGCUAUCUACAACAACCGGUGGGGCAAUGUAACCGACCUCAUGACUCCUACUUCCAGCCUUUCACUGAAGGCUGAUAGGAUCUGCGGUAACCAGAUUUUCUGCUCCUUAAAUAUAGUACACCAAUAUAAACGUGCUCUCAUAUUCUUAUCAUCUCCGUUUAUUGUGGUGAUCUAUUGCAUGCUUUUGCUAAACGUUGAACACCCACUGAGACACUGAAUACGAGGG